AAACAAGUCGCCAGAACUUCCUAUACCGUCGGAAACAUGCGUGCUUUCGCCGUUCUCGCCCUGGUCGCGGUUCUCUUCUUCGCUUCGAGCGAGGCCUUCCUCAAAAAGAAGCUCAUCAUAGGAGGAGCCGCCGCUGGGGCCGCUGGAGCUGUAGGUGCUGCUGGAGGAUUCCUUGCCGGAUCUCAUAUUCCCGGUCUGCUGCACCACCGCCCUCAUCCCGUCAAGCACGUGAGUCACGUCCACGUUCACGAGGCGCCCGUGAAAGUUUUGCACGAACCCAUCAAGGUGGUGCACGCUCCCAUCGAGCACGGCUGGGAAUCCGAAUGGUAAAACGAGUGAGAGAGCUGAGGCUCGUUCGACGAGUACUAUAAUCACCGAAGUGAUGCUUGUAAAUUGAUCCCCAUCUCAUCCUGUGUACAUGUGUUCCUGUUCUUGUCUCUAGUAAAUAAAUGUGUUGUCCGUUGU